GGGCAGCAAGAAGUCCUCCGGGAGGAAAAAUACAAUUUUGCACAAAUUCCUCUAUCUUUUCAUCGCAACACCGCAUUGGUAGCAGAUAAAUUGAUAAAAUGCUGCGAGUACCAGUAACGCGGGCCCUUGCCCUCGGGGCACGGUACCCAGCUCAGACGCUAGUACGCACGUCGGCCACAACACCGGCAAAAGCACCGGAAAAGAUUGAAGUUUUCGUCGACGAUCAACCCGUGAUGGUGGAACCGGGCACUACCGUCCUGCAGGCCGCCGCUCAAGUCGGUGUCGAGAUUCCACGCUUCUGCUACCACGAGCGCCUGGCAGUGGCGGGCAAUUGCCGCAUGUGCUUGGUCGAGGUGGAGAAAUCCCCGAAACCGGUCGCAGCCUGCGCCAUGCCGGUCAUGAAGGGCUGGCGCAUCAAGACAAAUUCGGAAAUGACGCGUAAAGCGCGCGAGGGCGUCAUGGAGUUCCUGCUCAUGAACCACCCGCUCGAUUGCCCCAUUUGCGAUCAGGGAGGUGAGUGUGAUCUACAGGAUCAGGCGAUGGCAUUCGGUUCCGACCGGUCCCGCUUCACCGACAUCCACCAUACCGGCAAGCGAGCGGUCGAGGACAAGGACAUCGGUCCGCUGAUCAAGACCAUCAUGACUCGAUGCAUCCACUGCACGCGCUGCAUCCGGUUCGCGUCCGAGGUGGCCGGCGUCGAUGAUCUCGGCACGACAGGCCGCGGUAACGACAUGCAGAUCGGCACCUACGUGGAGAAGUUCUUCCUCUCCGAGCUAUCUGGCAACGUGAUUGAUCUGUGCCCGGUUGGCGCACUCACCAACAAGCCGUACAGCUUUGUCGCACGUCCAUGGGAGAUUCGCAAGAUCGAAUCGAUCGAUGUGCUGGAUGCCAUCGGCAGCAACAUCGUCGUGAGCACGCGUACCGGCGAGGUACUGCGCAUUCUGCCGCGCGAAAACGACGAAAUUAACGAGGAGUGGCUGUCGGACAAGUCACGUUUCGCGUGCGAUGGAUUGAAGCGCCAACGGUUGAUCGCACCAAUGUUGCGCAAUCCCAAUGGCGAGCUGGAACCGGUCGAGUGGGAAUCGGCUUUGAUUACAAUCGCGCAAGCUCUACGAGGCGCUCCGAAAGGAAAGGUAGCCGCCGUCGCUGGAGGACUUGUUGAUGCGGAAUCGCUGCUCGCGUUGAAAGACCUGCUGAACCGGCUUGGGUCGGAGACGCUCUGCACAGAGCAGAAGUUCCCAACUGACGGUUCCGGUACGGACUUCCGCUCCAGCUAUCUGCUGAAUUCAUCGAUUGCCGCAUGUGAGGAGGCCGAUCUGGUGCUGCUCGUCGGCACAAACCCUCGCUACGAAGCUCCCCUGCUGAAUACCCGCCUGCGUAAGGGAUUUAUCCAUAAUGAACAGAACAUUGCGCUGAUUGGACCGAAAGUUAAUCUUUCCUACGAUUAUGAACAUCUGGGAAGCGAUACCUCGUUGAUCCGCGACAUCGCUAACGGUCAUCAUCCGUUCUCCAAGAAGCUGAAGGAGGCUAAGAAACCACUCAUCAUCGUCGGAGCGAACCAGCUGGCUCGCAAGGAUGGUUCAUCAUUCCUAACCGCGUUGCACGUAUUUGCUAACUCUCUGUCGCCGGCAGACAAAAACUGGAAGGUGUGGAACGUACUGCAAACGAACGCAGCUCAAACAGCAGCAUUGGACGUCGGCUAUACGCCAGGAGUUGAUGCUGCCCACGAGCUACAACCGAAAGUACUGUUUUUGCUCGGUGCUGAUGCCGGCGUUGUCGACAAGGAGAAGCUUCCCAAGGACUGCUUCAUCGUGUACCAGGGUCACCACGGUGAUGCUGGCGCACAGAUGGCCCAUGCCAUCCUGCCUGGUGCGGCUUACACCGAGAAGCAGGGCACAUACGUCAACACCGAAGGACGUGCUCAGCAGACGCUGGUGGCUGUAACGCCGCCCGGUUUGGCUCGCGAGGACUGGAAGAUUCUUCGCGCCCUGUCUGAAGUGGCCGGAACUCCGCUUCCAUACGACACGCUGGACGAACUGCGCACCCGAAUGGAGGACGUCGCGCCACAUCUCGUCCGCUACGGUCGUCUAGAGGCGUCUAACUUCUUCGCCAUCGCCGACGCGCUGCUCAAGAACGCGUCCGUGCACUUCGACAGCGGAAAGGUGGACGUGGGACAGAAGAAGCUGGCCGACUUCUUCAUGACCGAUCCGAUCACACGAGCUUCGCCCACGAUGGCGAAGUGUGUGAUGGCAGCGAACAAGCAGCCGCAGGUCAACUAAGUUUACGAUUUCGUGGCAUGUUCUGCUCGGAUUUUAGCCCUCCGGACGUGAUUGCCGAUGGAGGAGGAGCACUUUUUGGAGAUAUGGCGUGUGUUUCGGGAAAGCCGGCUGUGCAGCGGAGGCGGCAGGAACGAUUACCAUUGAAAUUUACCGUAUUGAGCGAAAUCGACCCUUGUAAUAUAGUCAACGUUGGUUGCUAAUCUAACAUUUCAAUAAACGUUCUUUCAAGUACGUUAA